AUGGCUGACAAAGUAGCCAUUGGAUCCAACAAAACAGAACAUAGCAGCAGAGCAAAUUGGUCCCAACUCCCAAUUGACCCUUUUCAAUUGAUCUUAUCAAAACUGUCCGUACGAAACAUAAAGCCGCUCGAAGCAGUUUGUCGUCCAUGGCUUAAGGCCAUCAAAUACAUUUCAUCGUCAUCGCCGUCCUUUCCUUGCUUACUAGAGCCACCACGGCUCCUUCUUUUUCGAGACGAGGACAACGAUGGCGGUCGCCUGUCUGGUUUUUGCAGUCUUAAAGGCAAGUUUUACAGCUUGAUGAACAUACCUAAACGGUUAGGCGAUGGAUAUACUAUUUGCAUUGGGUCCUCUCACGGCUGGCUGCUUUUCUUGACGAACAAGAAACGAUUGCUGCUUGUAAAUCCCGCAUCUGCAGCGGCUCCGCUUCUUCUCCCACCACUCAAUACUUUUCCGGAUAUAGAUAGCAUUAUGUAUCAAUAUCCUCCUAUGGAAGAUUCAGGAAUUUUUCUCCUCAAGGGAACGUGUGGAUACUGGCGAAAAUGGAUGUGCAAGGUUGUUCUGUCUUCGCCACCAACCUGCAACAACAAAAACAACAUUGGGGUUUUGCUAAUGUACAAUGUCGGAGAUGGGCGUAACCGUCUUGCUUUCUGCACGCCUGCAGAUAACAAAUGGACAAAGCUUGACGAGCACGAACGGUACCUAGAUGUUACGAGUGAUUGCCAUCGCCUUUAUGCGUUACGCGAAGAUUACAGUGUUGAAGUCUGGGGUUUCCCCAACUCCUCUGCCAUCAAAAAGUUGGAAACUAUCCCAGCUGGUGCUCCCAUGGUACCAAAGUUAAAUUAUGAUUUCCAGCUUUACAUGGACAAAACUGAUGCCACUGAUCUGUUUUUGGUCAAAACUGGAGCAAGUGAUCUGUUCUUGGUUGCGAUGGUCGACUCUUCUGCCUGGGAAAGGGUUCGAUUUGAUGUUUAUAAGCUCGAAUAUAAUCCGGAUGGUACAUCUAGAUGGAGAAGGGUGGACUCCAUUGGCAAGUAUGCAGUGGUUUUGGGUUCAAACCACUCCAUAUUAAUCUCACCCCAGGAAUUUGAUCAUGCUCCAGGAUAUCAUGAGAAUUCCAUCUACUUCCUCCAUGCAUCAUCUUCUUUCAGCUAUGAUUUAAUUGUCUAUAAUGUGAGAGAGAUAGAACCGAAAAAGGUCGGUUAUCUGGGAUUAUUAAAGCAACCAGCUUACUGGCUCGAACGUUAUCCUUUAGCACUGUAG